AUGGCACCCAGCAACAAGCGGAGCGCCGCUAAGGACGACGACUUUGUUCUGACGCUGUCCGACGAGGAGGACGUUCCCCGGUUUGACGACGACGAGGAUCAGAACGAGUUCGAGAAGGAAGAUGAAACUGCGAAAUCUGCCGAUACGAAAAAGCGCAAGCGCGACGUCGAAACCACCGAAGGCAAAAACAAGAAGCAAAAACAGCAAGUCAAAAAUGGAAAGAACAAGAAAGACCAGUCAGAGCCUGUUGCCAAGGUCGAGUCUGAGGAGGAGGAAGAUGAUGAGAAAAUUGGUGUUGCCGAUGAUGACGGUGUCUUGAAUCCCGACUUCGAGUUUGAUGUAGCUGGUGUGGCCAACCAGGGCGUCACCGAAGGCUUUGAUGGCUGGGGCAUGGACGAGCCCAAGCAGACUGGUCCCCACUCCGACAAGAAGGCUGUUGACAUCGACGACAUCAUUGAGCGGAGACAAGCAAAGAAAGAUGCUGCUGCUCAGAAGAAGCAGAAGAAGCAGCCCAAGGAGGAAGAGAGUGCUUCCGAUGCUGAAGACGAGUCUGAUGCCGGCAUGGAAGUUGAUUUCGAUGACGAUGAGCUGAUGGCCGAGGAUGGUUUCGGUAUGGGUGUGGAUGGCGCAGAAGAGGAGAGUGAUGCUGAAGGUCCUGAAGUCGAGUCUGGGGCGGAAGACGAUGAGAAGGAAGGAUCGGAUGAGGAAGAGGAGGAAGAUGAUGAUGACGCCGCAUCCGAUAACGAUUCCGUCGCGACCCCCGUUGGUCACCCGGAUGACAUUGGCUCCGAUCGCGAAUCCGAUGUUGAGAGCGAGGUUGAUGCCGAGGAACAAGAGAAGCGCAAAGCCUUCUUCGCUCCCGAAGAGAAGAUCGAUGAGAAAGCCGCCGCUGCGAAGAGCACAUUCCAAGACUUCAACCUUUCUCGUCCUCGCAAGGCCAUUCCCGUGGCACUUCUGGGCAAAGAUAUUGUCGGUAGUGCCGUCACCGGUUCAGGAAAGACAGGUGCUUUCAUCGUCCCUAUUCUGGAGCGUCUGCUCUUCCGUCCUCGCAAGGUUCCUACGAGUCGUGUGACUAUUCUGAUGCCUACUCGUGAAUUGGCGGUGCAAUGUUACAAUGUUGCCGUGAAGCUUGCCACAUUCACCGAUGUCACAUUCUGUCAACUGAUCGGUGGUUUCAGCCUUCGAGAGCAGGAAAACAUUUUGAAGAAGCGCCCCGAUGUCAUUAUUGCUACUCCCGGUCGUUUCAUUGAUCACAUGCGCAACUCUCCCAGUUUCACCGUUGAUACCCUCGAAAUUCUAGUUCUCGAUGAAGCCGAUCGUAUGUUGGAGGAUGGAUUUGCGGACGAGUUGAACGAGAUUUUGACGACGAUCCCCAAAUCACGCCAGACUAUGCUCUUCUCUGCCACCAUGACAGAAUCUGUCGACAAACUUAUUCGUGUUGGUAUGAACCGUCCGAUGCGUUUGAUGGUGGAUGCCAAGAAGCAGACUGUCGUUACCCUGACGCAAGAAUUCGUUCGUCUGCGCCCUGGUCGCGAGGAUAAGCGUCUCGGCUGUCUCCUUUACUUGUGCAAGGAGAUCUACACAGGAAGAGUCAUCAUCUUCUUCCGCCAAAAGAAGGAAGCGCAUCGUGUCCGCAUUAUUUUCGGUCUACUGGGCAUGAAGGCUGCCGAGUUGCACGGUAGUUUGAGCCAAGAACAGCGUAUUAAAAGUGUGGAGAACUUCCGUGACGGCAAGGUCGCUUUCCUUCUAUGUACAGAUGUUGCUUCACGUGGUCUGGAUAUUAAGGGAGUGGAGACCGUUAUUAACUACGAGGCCCCACAGAGCCACGAGAUCUACCUGCAUCGUGUUGGCCGUACGGCCCGUGCCGGUCGCUCCGGUCGUGCAUGCACGAUCGCUGCUGAACCGGAUCGCAAGGUUGUCAAGGCCGCUGUGAAGGCCGGCAAAGCCCAGGGCGCCAAGAUUGUCAGCCGUGUGGUUGAGACCGCGGUGGCUGAUGAAUGGGCCCAGAAAGCAGAGGAUCUUGCCGACGAGGUGCAAGAGGUUCUACAGGAAGAGAAGACGGAGAAGCAAAUGUCGCAGGCCGAGAUGCAGGUCAACAAGACCGAAAACAUCAUGAAGCACGGCGCAGAGAUCAUGGCACGACCCAAGCGAACAUGGUUUGAGACGGAGCAGCAGAAGCUUGCAGCCCGCAAGAUUGGUGCGGAGGAAGUUAAGAAGGAUAAGGCCAAGCUCAGCAACAAGGACAAGAAACGUCUAGACGACGCCAAGAUGCGUCACGAGGGCAAUAUUGGGUGGAAGAAGGGCAAGGACGAGCGCGAUGCUCCGAAGAUGUUCGGCAAGGACAAGGGCAAGGGCAAGGGCAAGUUCAAAAAGGGAAGGAAAUGA